UCUAAUCAGUUGUAAAUGGUUACUUGCAUUGGUUUGUUGCUGAAUAAGAGUCUUGAUGCGGUAGACGAGAGGUUCUUGAUGAUUUCUUUAGGAAUGAGUUGAAGAAGUCCACAGCAAGUCCACAAAGUUACUUGAAGGUAAACACUGCCAGAAGGUUAAACUCAAGAGGAGAGUUUUGGAGUGUGUUCGUCUCAAGAAGAAGAGUUUUUUGAGCGUUGAUUAGUCUGCAUUCGGAACUUUUGAUAGUUCAUUGCCGCACCCACUUUGUGGGUGAAGUGGCCAAUCAGAGGCAUGCAUUUUGAGCGGGAGAGACAUCCUUUGUCUCCGUUUAUGUUCCAUUCGCAUUUUAUUGCUGAUUUGGACCGCUAGUGCAGCUUUUAAUUCAAAACAUAGUAAGAAUUGUUCGAUGUAUUUCACGAUCACAUAGUGUACAUCAUUGUGUGAGAAAUAAAGAGAAGAUCAUUUUGAUACCAAGAAAGUAACCUCCAGACGAUAUUAAAGAAGAGAUACACUCAUACACUUGAAUAUAGGCAUUUAACGUCUAACUAAUACAAGUAAAGGGUUUUAACUAAGUUAAUAUAAUAGGGGAAUAUACAUACAACACAUGCAUAUAGCAGAUACAUUUAUAACUGCUUAAUUAUGGCCUAAAUAGAGAAAAUGUCUUUAGGUGUGUGUGUGACGUGUAUUGGAAAUUGUGGAGACAGACAACUGGUCUGGUGCCUGGCACGGGGGGUCGUUCCCUCCUCUGUGGAAUGUGUUUGAAGCUUGAUGGAGACACCCCAGAGGCGACCUGUUUUGCAUCCUUUUGAUAGUGAUAAAGACCAUCUGCAAUUUAGUACCCAUAUAAAUGUAAACGCUGAGGCCAGAUCAGUAAUUUAUAUGCAAAUGUCAAAAGGCUAAAAGGGUUUUUUAAAACAAAGUGUAAUCAGCCAUCACUGAUCUCACACAGACGUUACAAAAAUUAACUCCAGAUGUCACAAAACAGCAAGUUACUUAACCUAACAACAAAAGCAACCUUAAAACAGUGUAAAUACAUCUCGAAACCAGCAAAAAUAAAAAUGUCCUUAUUAAUUAUUCAUGCCUAAGUGCAUGAUGGGAACAUCCAAGUAAAAUAUACUUAAGUUCAAUCUUUUAAAUUGAGUACUAAUAUUGAAUUUACUCUUUUUUGAAUUCUUGCCUGAACUCAAUUAUUUAAUGUAAAAAUUACAUUUGUUUUUCUGUAGUAUUUACUUCACCACAAAAUCAUUUUUAUCAGUGUGGUCCCUGUGGGUCUCUAUUGGUAAUUUGUCGCCUUUUAUUGGUGGCUUGUCAAAACAGUAAUACAGUAACUUCACUCGGACACAGUAGCAUGAAAUGCUCUCUUCAAUACACGCAUACACACUCUGUAUCUCUCUCUCUCUCUCUCUCUGAGAGGCUUGUCUCGGCACAGGGUCAAAUCUCUUCAGUUUCAGUUCAGAUCAGAUCAGAUCAUGUGUUUGGAUAUUCCACAUGUGCUCUUCAGCAGAACCAUGAGCGGGAUCCCUCUGUACUUUACAACACACAUCAACAUGAAGGCUGUAAGUCACACUUAAUGGAAUUGGGAUUCUGAGGGAUAUACAUAAUGGAUUCCUGGACAUUUUCGUUCUCACCCAGUAACCUCCCCAGCAAUCUGUCUGAACUCCCCAUGUACGAUGGCAUCAUGCUCGGCAACAUAUCUGAAGAAGGCCUGAGAAAUGAGUCGGACCAGAGCAUGACCAAUACUAACACGGCCGUCAUCACCUUCAUGUACUUUGUGGUGUGUGCUAUCGGUCUGUGUGGAAAUGCUCUGGUCAUCUACGUCAUCCUGCGAUACGCCAAGAUGAAGACGGUCACCAAUAUCUACAUCUUGAACCUGGCGGUGGCAGACGUGCUGUUCAUGCUUGGCUUGCCCUUCAUCGCGAUCCAGUUGGCGCUGGUGCAUUGGCCAUUCGGCGCGGCUUUGUGUCGCAUAGUCAUGACUGUGGAUUCUCUCAAUCAGUUCACCAGUAUUUUCUGUCUGAUGGUGAUGAGCAUCGAUCGGUACCUCGCUGUGGUGCAUCCCAUCAAGUCCACCAAAUGGAGGAAGCCCCAUGUGGCUAAGAUCAUUAAUCUGGUCGUGUGGGUCGUGUCGCUUAUGGUCAACCUCCCAAUCGUGAUCUACAGUGGGCUGAUCACCAAACCGGAUGGAUGCUUCUGCACUAUUGUGUGGCCAGAGCCACAGGAGACCUAUUACACCGCCUUCAUGUUCUACACCUUCUUCCUGGGCUUCUUCCUGCCUCUGAUGGUUAUAUGUCUCUGCUAUUUGUGCAUUAUCAUCAAGGUGAAGUCCUCAGCAAUCAGGGUGAGCUCCGGCAAACGGAGGCAGUCUGAGAAGAGGGUGACGCGUAUGGUGUCCAUUGUGGUUGCCGUCUUUGUGUUCUGCUGGCUGCCUUUCUACAUCUUCAAUGUGACGUCGGUCACAGGCACCAUUAGCACCACGCCUUUUUUAAGGAGCAUGUUUGCCUUCGUCGUGGUGCUAGGAUACGCCAAUAGCUGUGCAAACCCAAUAUUGUAUGCUUUCUUGUCAGAGAACUUCAAGAAGAGUUUCCAGAAUGUCCUGUGCUUGAAAAAAGCGAGCACUUUGGAUGAGGCUGAACGCACUGAUAGCAAACAGAACAAGCCGCGAAUCAUGAAUGAGCCAACAGAAACUCACAACACUCUGCUAAAUGGAGAUCUGCAAACCAGCAUGUGAAAAAACAAAGGUCAUUGCUCAGCAAACUAUGGAUUUGAAAUCAAUAGAAACUGUGGUCUCUACAAAUAGAGUAAGAGGAGUGACUGUAAAACCAUCAAAUAUGGUUUCCAUUUUAAAGCCCACUGGCUUAGUUUCCCAGAGUUACAAACUCUAAUAGAUUUCUGGUCAUCAUGCCAUAUUUUUCAUUCAUUGGUUAAAACCUGUAAAAUACAUUUGGUGACACUUUAGUUUAGGGAGCAAUUCUCACUAUUAACUAGUUGCUUAUUCCCUGAUAGCACACGUACAUCUCAGAGACGUCUAUUUGACGUCUGCAUUUACAUCUGCAAGACGUAUUUUUUAGAUGGACGUUUUAUAGGACGUUUCCUUUUAGAUGUCAAAUACACGUCUAUUAGAUGUCUUUAAGAUGUUUAUGGUUUAGAAAGUAUGUAAAACUGACAUCUGAAAGACGUCUGUCAGACGUUUGUACACAGCAGAUGCUUUCCAGAUCAAGAGAUCUUUAACAGACAUCUUGCAGACGUACGUGUGCUAUCUUGGUUAGCAUGCCUAUUAUUAACAUAUUGGCUGUUUAUUAGUACUUAUAAAGCACAUAUUCUGCAUGACCAUAUUCUACAUCCCUAAUCCUAAACUUAACAA